GCUAUAUGGAAUGAUCCCUAAUUUGCUAACCAGGAACAACAAUUUUGAAGAAUGUCCCUCACUAUUUUCUCUGCUACAGGCCUCUCCUUUUGAGCUUCAGUAACAUGCUUCAAUGGCGGCAAUCAAAUUGAGUUGGAGGAGAAAGCAUCAAAACAAAGUCCCAAAUGAAUGGCAAGAAUGUCCAUUCGUGAACUCCUCCGUUUCAGAUACACCAUCUUCGCUAACCCAACUCUCCUCUCCUCUUCACCAAAACCCAAUCACCGAUUUCCAUCGCCGUUUUAUUCUACCGAGUCCAGAGCAAUCACGUUUCCCUGGCGAAUAACCCUUUCGAUUCUCGAUUCGUGUCCAGAUAUAAAGAAACUGUUUCAAAUCCAAGCUCACUUGAUUACUUCGGGUCUAUUCCAAAAUCCCUUUUGGGUGGACAGGGUUUUGAUGCAUUCUUCAAAGUUCGGCUACAUUGAUUAUACUGUUUCGAUCUUCCGGUGCAUUGGGGAUCCUGAUGCGAACUCAUGGAUGCUUUGUUCCAAACAGUUAUACUUUUCUGCCACUUUUAAGCUCUUGUUCGAAAAUGGGUUGUUCUAAAUCUGCCCGAAAGUGUCACGCCCAGGCAAUUAAAUUUGGUGUCGUUAAUAAUUUGCCUGUAUACAACUGCUUGAUUCAUAUGUAUGGUUGUUGUGGGAUUCUUGAGUUUGCUAAGAAAGUGUUCCUUGAAAUGUCUCGAAGGGAUAUUGCCUCAUGGAACUCUUUCAUUGAUGCCUGUGUUAAAGUUUGGGAUUUGGGUCUGGCUCACAAUCUGUUUGAUAGAAUGCUUGAAAAGAAUGUGAUUUCUUGGAAUAUUAUGAUUAAGGGGUAUUUAAAAGCUGGGAAUCCGGGGUGUUCAUUGAAGUUAUUUAGACAAAUGGUGGGAACUGGAUUUAUGGGGAAUGAGAAGACUGUUGCUAGUGUGCUUAGUGCCUGUUCUAAGUCGGCUAGAUUAAAGGAAGGGAGAUCCGUUCAUGGAUUUUUAAUCAAGAAUGGCAUGAAGUCGAAUGUAAUAAUUGAUACAGCUUUGGUUAAUUUGUAUUGUAACUGCCAGAAAGUAGGAUUAGCUCGUAGGAUGUUUGAUAAGAUCACAAAUAGGAAUCGAGUUUGCUGGAAUGCCAUGAUUUUGGGGCACUGCAUUCAUGGUAAUCCAGCAGAUGGUCUAAAAUUAUUCGCGGAUAUGAUUGAUCGAUGCAAGGUUAGAGGAGAAGAGGGAAUUUCUCCCGACGAAAUUUCUUUCGUUGGCGUUCUAAGUGCUUGUGCUCGUGCGAGAUUGGUAACAGAGGGCAGAAACUAUUUCAGCCAAAUGAAAAACAAAUUCGGUAUAAAGCCAAACUUUGCACAUUAUUGGUGCAUGGCGAAUCUUUAUGUUGGUGCCGAACUUUCACUAGAGGCGGAGGAGAUCCUAAGGCAAAUGUCGGAUUGUGCUGAGGAUUUAUCAUCUGACUCUGUGAUCUGGGCUAACUUGCUCAUCUCUUGUCGAUUUAGGGAAGGUGCGACUGUUGGGGAAAGAAUAGCCAAAUGUUUGAUCGAAAAAGAGCCAAAAAACUUCUCAUAUUAUAAGUUAUUGAUGAAUGUGUAUGGUGUGGCAGGGCAGUGGGAGGAUGUUGCUAGAGUAAAACAGUUAAUGAAGGAUAGGGGGAUAGAAAGAGUUGCUGGGUGUAAUCUUGUAGAUUUGAAAGGCAUUGUUCACAAUUUAAAAGUAGAUGAACUAUGGAGGGAGAGUGUGGAGCAAAGGGAUGCUAAGCUUGCUGAAAGCUAGUUUACUUUUGCCCGAUACUAUUUUACCAGUUCAUUG